UGCAAUAUCCUGCGUUUCCCCCACCUCUCCCACCCCAGCACUCCAGCUGGGGUGGCUUUCAUGGUGGCCCAAUGUCAUCUCCUGCCGCUACUCGAGCUUCCCCCGCGGCUACUCGUGCUUCCGCGAGCGUCCCCGUCACUGCCAGCUCCACACCCGAGGUCACCGUAGCUCGCAUCUCUGUCUCCAGUCCAACUUGGUUCAGCCACUGUGACCCCACAGAAACUAGGUGCGGUCAGAUAGCAGAAAGGGCCCGGAGUCCUCGAGAAGGCAAGACUACGGAAAAGGCCGAAGAGCCUAGAGAAGGUACUACUGUUGCUAAGCCUGGGGCCACAACCAUGGCUAUGACUGGUGCUCCCACGCCCACCUCACCCUUGCUUAGCGCAGGCCACGGAGCUAAUUCCAGCGUGACUGCGGAGAAAGCGCCACCGGAAGAGCCAACAGCACUCUGAACCCAGAUACAGUACUCCACGUUUGAACAAACGGUUUCCAAGGGUCCAGCUAACGGCUCAAGCAGGCUACAAUGAAAAUCCACCCCGCUAA